UCAAAAUCACAACCAAAACCAUCUUCAAGAUGGAGUUAAUGGGGCUCAAGUAAGAUUUCAAGGUUCUUCCAAAUUUGUAUCAAUGUAUAGCCAACAAGGAAGAAAAGGGGUUAAUCAAGAUUCCAUGACCGUUUGGGAGAACUUCAAUGGAGAGAAAGACAUGUUUUUCGGGGGAGUGUUUGAUGGGCACGGUCCUUCGGGCCACGAGGUUUCACAACUUGUCCGUGACACGUUACCCUCUAAGUUAUCGAAAAAAUCGAAAGAUAAAAAAUUUAUUCUCGAGAAUAAAGACAACAACAUGAAUAGUAGUGUUUCUGAGAAAACAUUUCCUAAUGAUUCUAUGCAUGCUUUAUGGGAGGCCAAUUUUCUCAUGUCAUUUGAGGAUUUGGAUGAAAAACUUGGCGAUCAAGAAACCGUGGAUACCUACACCAGCGGCUCAACCGCGGUCACGGUUGUCAAACAGGGUGACAAUUUAGUUGUCGCGAAUUUAGGUGAUUCUCGUGCUGUUCUUUGCACUAGAGAUGAUAAUAGUCAUCUUGUCCCGAUUCAACUAACAGUGGAUUUAAAACCGAAUCUUCCAGACGAGGCUAGAAGAAUUAAGAGUCGACGUGGAAGAGUAUUCGCAAUGGAACAAGAGCCAGAAGUGUUUCGAAUUUGGAUGCCAGAAGAGAAUUGCCCCGGUUUAGCCAUGGCAAGAGCUUUCGGCGAUUUCUGCCUCAAGGACUUCGGUCUCAUUUCAACCCCUCAAGUUUUUCAUAGAAAGCUAACAGAAAGAGAUGAAUUUGUGGUUUUAGCGACAGAUGGGAUAUGGGAUGUGUUAUCAAACGAUGACGUGGUAAAGAUAGUGGGAUCGUGUAGGAAACGAUCCUUAGCGGCGAGGCUACUAGUGGAGUACGCGGUUGGGGCAUGGAGGCAUAAGUUUCCGACAUCAAAAACAGAUGAUUGUGCGGUUGUGUGUUUGUUCUUUAAAGAAAAGGCUAUAAUGUCAAAAGCUAUGUCGGAUGAUUUGAGUGUCGUGAGUAAAGGGUUAUUGGAAUUGGGGUCGGUUGAAGAUCAUAGAAAUCUAAAGAGCGACGACGGAUUGGAUACGGUUUUAAACUUGGAUGUGAAGGAUCGAAGCCAAGGCAUGAACCAUAGGAAAAGGAUGAAAGAUGGGCAAGGGUUGGUUGAUGUUCAAUUGGUGUUACAUAAACAAGAACCUGUUUGUAGAGACCAAACAUGAUUAUUGUUGUUUAUAGUGUUAUUUUGUAAUGACAAUUGACAAUUUAAUUUAGCUUGUUUUGAAUAUAUAUUAUGC